AUGCCUCUUCUGUCCGGCGAUCUCUCGAUGGAACAGAAGCUGAACCUUUUGACGCUUCGUGUCAAUGUUGUUCUUGCUUUUGUUGUGAUCAUGGCUGUCACGCAUUGGCUCCUGGGAGUCUUGCUAUUUACGCUAUGGUGGGAGCAGUCCUCUCGUCGAACGCCAGAUCUUGAACGCGGUCUGGAACUUCAAAACAUCUCACGUGAAGUUCCUAGAUCGAGCCACCCUCCAGGCCGUUCGACGGCACCUCCAGUCGCGGCGUCGCCGUCGGAGUCCCGUGGACGACCCGUUGCGGCAUAUUCUCAUGGUGGGGAGAACGAAGAUUACUACAACAUCGAGAUCUCUCCUGAACCCCGUGCGGUCCGAGACCAUGCGCAUAUGCAACAUGAGAGCAUAAGGUCGCCACCCGCAGUUGUUCGGCAACAAACGUACGGCGCAGAUUACUCGACCCAGCCUCGUGAGAACCGCUUUCACGGAGAUUUCAACAGGACCAAUACCAAUGACGCAAACUACGGAAAAAGAGGCAACCGGUUUGCUCACGUCCGCGAGCCGCGACGUUUCGCCCUGCUACAACAGUUUCCUGUUCAUUCUGUGUCUGAGUACUGA